AAGUGCGUAAAUCGGUCUGUCGUGAUUAGCGCAGGUGUAACUGAAAGCCGUAUUAUAUUCGAAAACAAUAUAUCCUGCAGUGACGGACUAAAAAAACUAGGAAAUUUGAAAUAUGACUUUAACUGACAUAGAAGAACACUUUUGCAUGGAAUUUUCAAAGAACUAUCUACAGGACGUUGGUAAAGCGGCUCGUACGGUCAUGUCUAGGUCGUGUACGGAACGUAGGCUUACGUGCGGCGUGGUGGAAUGUGCACGUCAACUUGAAACAGAGCCGGAUGACGUCAUGAUGUGUAUACUUCCGGAAAUAUCUGCCCAAAACGUGCCCUCGGGGAUACAACACACCCUGAUGGAAGCUUAUUGCAGAGAGUUUGAAAUACCAGUUCUAAAGGUCGAAUCCGUGUCCUCGCUGGUUGAAAUGUUUCAAGUAUAUGAGGCCAAGUGCAUUUCAUCGAAACCUAACGUCACAGAUAACGUCAAUACUGCGCAUGCACCGCUCAAGCGAAAAUUGAGCUAUACACGUGACUAUAGUUGCUUUUUGAUCAGGAACCCGGAUGUAUUGUCGUCUGAUGAGUGCUUGCUGAAAAUGUUUUGCGUCCAAAUAUCAGACAAAAAAGAGGUCAUCAUAGAAAUACCAAGCUGAACAGUUCAUUUCUGCGAAAUGAGAAUAGAAAGAAACCAUGUUUUCUUGCAAACCAACUAACUGCGAAACGCUCACUUGCAGCAAGGCAUAUUUCUCAAAGACCAACAAACGAAUUGUGCUGUCGUAUGACCAGCAUGGGUAUUGGCACGUGCAGUAGCCGUUCUCAGACAAAUAUUUGUUAUAGGUUAACGAUAUAUAACUGUAUUUGGAUUAAAUACAUGUAUGACCUAAACAUUGCCUUUUUCUCUUUCUCUGAAAGGUUCUCUUGCAAUUAUUUUGUUUGUAUACAAGUUUAUUUAUAGUCUCCAAUGUGCACCGGUAACCCAUAUGGACGACUCCUCCAGAAGACUGUUAGUAAUUUUAGUGGGAGUAUAGUGCAAGAUACAGAAGACGCUCCAAUUCCAGAAGCUUUCAUGGUUCUUUAGCAUGCCAGGUGUAAAGCACCCAUAUACUUGGGACUCUUAUCCCAAUGUUAGUAAUUUUUAGUUGGAGAAGCGGGGGCUUGAGCUCACGAUCCCUCGUUUCGUAGUCAGUGGUACCACUGCGUCUGCUCUCUUACAAUUAUUGUUACGUUGACAUAUCUUGUGAAAAGUCCUUGUAUUUAAAUGAAGGUAAUGUGAACGUGUUGGAGAACCUUUGAAUAAUACGUCUUAAAAAGAGAAAGUACAAACAUUUCUUUUUUAAAUGCAGUUACUGUUAACGCGUUUUUCUUUUCGCGUUUUGCUGCUGAAUUGCCGAGUGACAUGUACGUGGGAGAAUGUAAAGCGAAUUAUCUAUGCAUGUAUUUUUAUAUGAAAAUGUUUCUGUAUAAAAAUGGACUAAAUAAAGAUACAAAUGUU